AUGAACUGUCUGUUGCUCACGGAGGCAGCACCUGAUGAAAGUCAAGAUGUCAUUGCUGCUGCUCAGUGCGUCUUGGACAGACAGUACCACUUUGGGAGGGAGGUGGAGAGGUAUUUGAGGCACAAUGAUUUCUUAAAUCUGAGAAAGAAGGAGAUGCUGUACAAGAAAUGGCUGGAGAAUGUUUCAGAGCCCCUGCUGCAGAGAAUUAUGGAGAAAAUGGACAGCCAGUCAAGUGAAGAAAUACGAAAAAGGAAAGAAGAGCAACUCUCUCUCUAUUUAAACUACUAUAAUAAAAGAAAGGGCUAUCUGACUUUGGAACAUUAUAACCCAUCAGAGUAUGAUCCAUGCUUCCUGAAGACACAGACAGACUGCUGGAAGGUUUCAGUACCAGCAUUCCAGGAUCCUCUGUUAUUCAGCAUUCAAAGGAGGUUUGCUGAGGCUGGCGUUAUCAAGCAGUGUGAGACAGGCAGACCGUGCUCCAGCAGGGAGCUGAAGGAGCUCUUGGAGCUGCCGCUGCUCCCCCUGAGCAGGCAGCUGCUGGAUGCAGCCAAGUGGCUGAAGAUCCCACAGGCCUACAUUGCCAGUGAGGUUCACCGCACCAAGAGGCAGAAAGUCAUGUGUGGGCACCACAAAGAUGGUGAGAGCCAGGAAUGUCACCUGCCCUCCAGCUGA